AUGAGCAAGAACAUUGCAACGAACGCCCGAUCGCGGCCAGUGUUUAUCGACGAAGAUCACGUGAAGCGGCUACUCGACUGGAACCAGGCGCGGCACGCGGUUGAAGCGGCUUUCGUCGCCGUGUCCAACCAGGCUCGGGAUGCGGCCACUCGAUCGGACGAUCAUCCUGUUAGCUCUCAACCGGCGCGCACUUUCGUUCAAGCGGACGGCGGAGUACUACUCUGUAUGCCUGCCUACGUUGGCCGCCAUUCGCUAGUGGCCGGAUCUGGAGAUCGUUACUCGACGCUUGCCUGUAAGCUGAUCACGAGCUUCCGCGGAAACGCUGCCGUCGGUCUACCGUCGAUCAAUGGGGAGGUUUUUCUGUUCAACAACACCACCGGCAAGCUUGACGCGAUCGUCGAGGCAAACUAUUUGACCGGCAUACGUACGGCCGCAGCGUCGCUGGUUGCAACCGAUCAUCUUUUCCUCCGACCAAGGCGCGAUCGCUCGAUCCAGCUCGGAAUUGUCGGGUGCGGAUUUCAGGGGACAAUGCACGCCGUUGGUUUCGUACGCACACAACCACUGGCCAGCAUACGUUCCGUUCGGUUGUGGAACCGUACGCCCGCUCGGGCCCACCAGCUGAAGGCCAUUCUGGAGGAGGAAGCGAAGAACGGAACGGAAAGCUCCGGCUUCUCGGUGAUCGUAUGCGAUACGGUGGAAGAUUGCUGCCGGGACUGUGAUGUGCUCGUGACAGCAACCGGCUCCGGGGAGCCGCUGGUCUACCGAAGGUUCCUGAAACCGACGGUUCACAUCAAUGCGAUCGGUGCCGGUGAGUAUCAUCAUGCGGAGCUGGCACAGGAUGUGUACGAUCAGUGCCGGGUUUACAUUGACCACUGGGACGGGGCCCGGAAGGAGUUGGCCAGCCUACGAUCGACCAUUGUCGGUGAAGUUGGUGAAGUGAUCUUGCGUGGACAGGCAGACACCAGUCUGCUACCGAAGGGCAGCGGAAUCAGUGUGUUUCAGUCGCUUGGAAUGGCCACCGAAGACGUUACCGUUGGAAGAUUGGUGUACGAAAAGUAUCUGCAGGAAACUGGCACACAAUGA